CACUGUGUUUCACAAAAUCAUUUGGGCUCUUCCUACUGUCCUCUCCCCCUCCUCUCUAUUUUCUUUUUAUUAUUUCAGAGAUGCCACUGGGGUAGGUAACUUGAUUCAACUCUGGAGAACUCAGAGAAAGAAGGGCAGCCUCCUACUUGAGCAGUUUUUCCAUCCCUGAUCUACACAGGAGAUGAAGAUACUGCCAGCCAUGCUUCAAAUUGGGAAAUUGUUUUGGGCCCUCUUCCUAAGCCCUCAUCUAGACAUCUGGAGCAUCCAUGGAGAAGAAUCAUGUGAUGUACAACUUUACAUUAAAAGACAAUCCAUACACUUUGUCUCAGUGGGAAAAUCCUUUAAACUUGAAUGCCCUGUGAAAUACUGUAAUGACAGGCCUAAUGUGACUUGGUGCAAGCUCAAAGGGACAAACUGUUCAGAUUUUGGAGACAGAUUUCAACACACAAGUUGGGAAGAAAAGAAGAAUAUUUCAGUUUUUGUUCUACAUUUUGAAUCAGUGCUUCCUAGUGACAAUGGGUCAUACCGCUGCUUUGUGAAUCUUUCAUCUAAACUCAUUACAAGCCACGCAACAGCCAUUAAUGUGAUAGAAGAAAUUCAAAGCAAUUCAGAACUCCCUCUAAUACAUUCAUCCAGUGCCUCAGGAAGACCCUCCGAGGAAGAGAUGGAAAACAGACCAUGGCUCUUUUAUAGUUUGCUUGCUUUGGGGGGAUUACUUCUACUCAUUACCUGUUCCUGCCUGCUCUUCUGCCUGAGAAGGCACCAAGGGAAACAAAAGAAGCUCCCUGAUACAGCCAGAGGGGAAAUUAACCUGAUUGAUGUUCCCCAGCUUUUUAAGAGUGAGCAAAUGGAAGAGGGCACUGGACAAAAUUCUCAAGCACUGCCAUCAGAAACUGGAAUUUAUGAUAAUGACCCCGAAACUUGGUUCAGGAAGCAGGAAGGGUCUGACGUUCAUGCUCAGCCAUGCCUAGAAGAAAACAAACAGGGCAUUGUUUAUGCUUCUCUGAACCAUUCCAUCAUUGGAAUGAAGCCAAGACAGGCAAGAAAUAUACAAGAAACACCGACAGAAUAUGCUUCCAUAUGUGUGAGAAGUUAAUUCCUGUCCUGACCCCAAGUAGUGAUCACUGAAUGAUCACACGUCAACACCAUUAUCUGGGCCCACAAGGAUGUCAAAUAUUUGUUAACUUGAGAGUUUUCACUUUAAAGAGGUUCAUGUUCAUACUUGGAUGUUAAGGGUUCACAGGACAAAUGAUUAAAAUUUCUCCUGGAAACUUCCUUGGGAGAUUUUUAUCUUAUAGUUUUUAACAAGCAAAGUUUCUCUGGAAAAUUGAUUGCUACCAUGAGUAGGAGAAUAGAACAUUUAAACAUAGCUGCGUUUUACCCAACAGAUUAACUCAAUCUUUACUUUGGAGUUAUUAGAGAGACUUGUAGGGAAGAGAGGUUUGUGUUAUCUGGAUUAAUUAAAUACACAGUCUUAAAAGAGAGAAAAAAAAAGUCCCAAUUUGACUAACCAUAAAUACAGCAAUGAUUGUAUAUUUCCAGUGAAUCUUGCAUAAUAAGAAAUUUUCCUGUGUCAAGCUAUAAGACUGAUGUUUCUUAAAUGUAGAGAAGAAACAUAUUUUAGAUUUGAGAUAGAAAAGAAUGGAAAGAGUAAGUGGUGCAAUAAAUAUAUAGAAUACAUCAAUCGAUGUGGGGUGAAUGUUUCUAAUACCUGGCACACAAAUGCUUAUAUCCACCUUGUUUGAUUGCUAAACAAAUAUACGUAUUUAUGGAGCAAUCAAUAUAUGGCAAAUUUAUGAGCAAAGUGGUGACUUGGUUUUGGGUUAAUAGACUAAUGAAUAUGAAUGUAACAUAAUGCUGCUGGAUUAAUAUAAUUGUGGGCAUCUGAAUAAACUUGGUGAAAAUAGGUAUUAUUAGGUAAAUGAAGAUUAAUGGCUUAAACUGCUUUAUGUUUGAUUUGAUAGCAAAUUAAAAGCACAAUUAAUGGAAUGAAGAAACGGCCAGAACAUUUAGUAGGUUAGUCCCUACUAACCUACUAAACAUAGUUUCAUUCACCACAUCUGUAUUGCUCUCCUUCUUACUGAGGAAUAGGGGCAAAUCAUAUGUAGUGAUGUAUUACAGUUUGGUAUCAUCAUUUAAAAAAACAGAGGUUGCAGCCACUUAAGAGUAUAGCAAGAGAUGGUUUCAGAUUUUCUAAAUUUCCCAAGUUCUUGAAUCUAAUUAUUUCAAAAAUAGCCUCCAAUUUUAUUUAACUGUUCGAGGUUAUUAGAAUUCUCAGGUGCUGCUACUAAAUAAUGCAAUAAUCUUACAAAGUGGAUAGAAAAUGUUAGGAUCCAUUUGAACAAAUAUGUGAGCUGCUGCACAAAUGAAUGUGGUGUGUGUGUGUGUGUGUGUGUGUAGGUGUAUAGAGGGGGUGGGUGACAUAAAGAAAUAGUACAAGAGAAAUUGAUUAAAUUGACUUUCCAUUUUCCAUUUGCUUAUCAAGCGCAAAACACUGGAGUAAAUCAGUCGUUAGAGAAAAGAAUGUAUGAAAUUAUGGGGAUGGGAGUAUGAGUGGAGUACACACACACACACACACACACACACACACUAACAAAAUAGAGUUUUUGGUGGAGCUUUGCUUAUGUGACCUUGGUGUUAAGUUUUAGCUCCUUAGAUUUGGGGCUGCAGAUAUUAUUUUGAGUCACAUUUUAUUUUUGGUAGCUCAUUUUUUUUAAAUAUCAUUCUAUCAGUAGAAUGUCAUGAAAAUAGAAUUUUUAGCAAAUAAUUCUAAAUAGGCGUUCAGCCAAACUACAUUUAUGGAUAGCUUAUGUAAAAAGACAUAUUAUUGUAGAACAACUGCUUGUGGUAUUCUUAAAAAUAGAAACAGGAAGUAAGGGUAGGAUACAUUUAGCUGUCCUCUUAUCAGAUGAACACACAAAGCUGAGCAGUUGCUUCAUAAUUCUCUCCAAUUUAGACACAAAACAUUUCUGUCUAUUGUCAUUUAGCAUAUUUUCAGUAUUUCCUACAGUAGAGAUAGCAUUACAGUGAUUUUACUUCUGUAUGUGAUUUUUUAUUGUGUGUGUUUUGGGCUUGCUCAAAUCACAAAUUGUUCUGUUUUAUUCCUUCUUAAUAAAACGUGUCCAAAGAUAUAUAUGUAUUUACCCUAAUAAGUAUUUCAGUAUUAUUUACCUGGCUUAUGUCAUUAAUUUAUAGGCGGUUUGAGAAAAAUUCUGUAAUAUGUGGAUAAUUUAAUGACUUUUUAUAUAUUUUAAGAUCGGUGAUUAUUCCCAAGAAGGUAAAUUCAUUAAAAUUUGUUUCAAAUCA